UCCCAGUGAUUGUUGGGGGGGCUGGCGCCGCCCCGCUUGAGAAAUGACCUUUCUCUUAGCAAAUGACUCCGAGGGAAGGUUGGGGAGCACCUUCCUCGGGCCGCCGCGCCAGGGGCAGGCCAGAGCUCAUGGGCAAGAGAGCACAGUGCUGGGGAAUCGGGUUGAGGCCCCCAUCGUGGAGGGCGACUGAGUGUGAUCUCUGAGCCGGCCGCCAGGUGGCGCCGCCGUGGCAAACCCUAGUGUGCGGCUUCUGACCCGCUGGGGGUGGGACAGGCACAGACUAGGCCUCGGCCCCCGACUUGUGCUGGGGCCUAGGGCCCCGGCAGCCGGAGAGUAAAGGGGAGCUGACCCCCAUUUCCCUCGACUCUAAAGCUAGAGAGUGUCCGAAUAGAAAGCUUCGAAUAGAGAAGGAGGGGGAGGGGCGGACGUCACCGCCUUGGCCUUUUGUGCUCAAACAAUGACCAGCUGCUGCUGGCCCCAGGGCCCUGGCUGGGGUAGAGGGUGACCAGCCGCGCCGCAUCCCGAGUCGACCGAACCUAGACACACAGUCACCGAGCCUCGGAGGGAGGGACCCUGACUGCCGCCUUACAGCUCCUGCGUGCGCUCCGGCGGACACGCGUGACGCGGGGUGCUUGCGCGUGUCCGCGCCCCGGGGGCGGGGACGCCCCUCGGACCCUCCCCGGCGCGGCACCGCCCACUCGAGCCGGAGGGGGCUGGCCUGGGCCGGGGGGCGCCGCGGAGGCGGGGCGGGUCCGGGCCCGGCGCUCGGAGUGGCAGCGCGCGGGUUGGAGCCGGGCGGCGCGCCUGUGGAGCGCUCGGGGCGGCCCGGGGCUGAGCAUGGAGCAGCGCGGCGGAGGUUGCCCUGGAGGCCCCUGGCCAGGCCUGAGCCUCUGCCACCAUGGCCAUUGUGCAGACUCUGCCAGUGCCACUGGACUCCGCUCCUGAAGCUGCCAUUGCCCCGCAAGCUCCAGCCAUGGGCAGUGUGAGCAGCCUCAUCUCAGGCCGGCCCUGCCCUGGAGGGCCAGCUCCUCCCCGCCACCAUGGCCCCUCUGGGCCCACCUUCUUCCGCCAGCAGGAUGGACUGCUGCGGGGUAGCUAUGAGGGACAGGAGCCACUGUGCCCAGCUGUCCCCCCUAGGAAGGCUGUCCCAAGCACCACCUUCACCUACAUCAAUGAGGAUUUCCGGACAGAGUCACCUCCCAGCCCAAGCAGUGAUGUUGAAGAUGCCCGAGAACAACGGGCACGCUAUGCCCACCUCCGUGGCCCCCCACCAAAGCUUAUCCCUGUCUCUGGAAAGCUGGAAAAGAACAUGGAGAAAAUCCUGAUCCGCCCAACAGCGUUCAAGCCAGUGCUGCCCAAACCUCGAGGGGCACCAUCCCUACCUAGCUUCCUGGGUCCUCGGGCCACCGGGCUAUCUGGGAGCCAGGGCAGCCUAACACAGCUGUUUGGGGCCCCAGCCUCCUCCUCCUCCUCCUCGGCUGCCGACAAACCCCUGGCAUUGAGUGGCUGGGCCAGCGGCUGCCCAUCGGGAACACUGUCCGACUCUGGCCGAAACUCAUUAUCCAGCCUGCCCACCUAUAGCACUGGGGGUGCUGAGCCAGCCACCAGCUCCCCAGGUGGACACCUGCCCUCUCAUGGCCCUGGGCGGGGGGCACAGCCUGGACCAGCCCGAGGGGCCCCUACUGGGCCCUCCCACUCAGACAGUGGCCGAUCCUCCUCCAGCAAGAGCACAGGCUCCCUAGGGGGCCGUGUGGCUGGGGGGCUCUUGGGCAGUGGUCCCCGGGCCUCCCCUGACAACAGCUCCUGUGGGGAGCGCUCCCCACCGCCCCCACCCCCUCCUCCCCCUUCGGAUGAGGCCUUGCUGCACUGUGUCCUGGAAGGAAAGCUCCGUGACCGUGAGGCAGAGCUUCAGCAGCUGCGGGACAAUCUGGACGAGAGUGAGGCGACCAUGUGCCAGGCUUAUGAGGAGCGGCAGCGGCACUGGCAGCGAGAGCGUGAGGCCCUGCGAGAAGAUUGUGCAGCCCAGGCGCAGCGAGCACAGCGGGCACAGCAGCUGCUGCAGCUGCAGGUGUUCCAGCUGCAGCAGGAGAAGCGUCAGUUGCAGGAUGACUUUGCCCAGCUGCUGCAAGAGCGUGAGCAGCUGGAACGGCGCUGUGCCACCUUGGAGCGGGAGCAGCGGGAGCUUGGGCCACGGCUUGAAGAGACCAAGUGGGAGGUGUGCCAGAAGUCAGGCGAGAUCUCCCUGCUGAAGCAGCAACUGAAGGAGUCUCAGGCAGAGCUGGUACAGAAGGGCAGUGAGCUGGUGGCCCUGCGGGUGGCACUGCGAGAGGCCCGAGCUACGCUGAGGGUCAGUGAAGGCCGGGCACGGGGCCUCCAGGAGGCGGCCCGAGCACGGGAGCUGGAACUGGAGGCCUGUUCCCAGGAGCUACAACGGCACCGCCAGGAAGCUGAGCGGCUGCGGGAGAAAGCUGGGCAGCUGGAUGCUGAGGCAGCCGGACUCCGGGAACCCCCUGUGCCACCUGCCACGGCUGACCCAUUCCUCCUGGCAGAGAGUGAUGAGGCCAAGGUGCAGCGGGCAGCAGCUGGGGUGGGAGGCAGUCUGCGGGCCCAGGUGGAGCAACUGCGGGUGGAACUGCAGCGAGAGCGGCGGCGGGGUGAGGAGCAGCGGGACAGUUUUGAGGGAGAGAGGCUGGCCUGGCAGGCAGAGAAGGAGCAGGUGAUCCGAUACCAGAAGCAGCUGCAGCACAACUAUAUCCAGAUGUACCGGCGCAACCGGCAGCUGGAGCAGGAGCUACAGCAGCUCAGCCUGGAGCUGGAGGCCCGGGAGCUCGCCGACCUGGGCCUGGCUGAGCAGGCCCCCUGCAUCUGCCUAGAGGAGAUCACUGCCACUGAGAUCUAGAGCCAUCUGCACCCAUAUGGGCAGUAGCUGCACAUCUACUUAGGACCUGGGAUCCACUGAGGGUCCCAAAGUCUGAGGACCCCAGAGCCACUUAUCCUCUAGGAUCUGCCAAGAACUCGGGGUGGCCCUAUGACUUGAAGGAGCAAGAUUAGACCCUUCAGAGGUCCCUGUGUUCACUAUCACCCAGAGGCACCUACUCACUCUAGCCAUUUCACUCCCCACUGCUGCCAGUGCCACCCUUCUUACCCAGACACCUCCAACCCACUCCUGCUGGGAAUCUGGGGAGAGGAAGGGACACCCUCAUCUCCACAUUCUCCCUCACCCAAGCCAGCGAGAGCCAGAGGCACCAGCUGCUCCAGAUGUGCCUGCCCCCACCCUACCCACAUUGGGGGACAGGGCUGGGACUGGGGUCUGGCCCCCAGCUUCCAGCCCUGCAGCCUCUCUCCUGGAAUGAGGGGGCUGAAGUCAGACCAAAGGAAGAACUCAGAAAUGUCUUGUUUAUUUGUGUUUGUGACCAAGCAGCCCCUCCCUUCACCCAGGAUUAUGGCCUCAUUUUCACAUGUAUAUUUUUCACACUGUAAAUUUCUUGUACAAACCCAAAGAAAACAUUAAAAAUUUUUUUUUUGUUU